GUAAGUGUGAGGGGCAUGAGUCUACACGAGUGUGCGUGUCUUUCCCUCUCCCUUAUUUGUCUCCGUAUGAGUCUCUCCUUGUACCCUCCCCCUGCCUCGAUGAUAUUACUCCCCCAGACUUGGAAGCCGCUGCCAGAGUGACGCUUUGAUGGUAUCUGCAAGCGUUUGUGCUGAUCUUAUCUCUGCCCCCUGAAUAUUAAUUCCCUAAUCUGGUAGCAAUCCAUCUCCCCAGUGAAGGACCUACUAGAGGCAGGUGGGGGGAGCCACCAUCAGAUCAUAAGCAUAAGAAUAAUACAAAGGGGAGGGAUUCUUCUGCAACCAAGAGGCAAGAGGCGAGAGAAGGAAAAAAAAAAAAGCGAUGAGUUCGCCAAAUAUAUGGAGCACAGGAAGCUCAGUCUACUCGACUCCUGUAUUUUCACAGAAAAUGACGGUGUGGAUUCUGCUCCUGCUGUCGCUCUACCCUGGCUUCACUAGCCAGAAAUCUGAUGAUGACUAUGAAGAUUAUGCUUCUAACAAAACAUGGGUCUUGACUCCAAAAGUUCCUGAGGGUGAUGUCACUGUCAUCUUAAACAACCUCCUGGAAGGAUAUGACAAUAAACUUCGGCCUGAUAUAGGAGUGAAGCCAACAUUAAUUCACACAGACAUGUAUGUGAAUAGCAUUGGUCCAGUGAACGCUAUCAAUAUGGAAUACACUAUUGAUAUAUUUUUUGCGCAAACAUGGUAUGACAGACGUUUGAAAUUUAACAGCACCAUUAAAGUCCUCCGAUUGAAUAGCAACAUGGUGGGGAAAAUCUGGAUUCCAGACACUUUCUUCAGAAAUUCCAAAAAAGCUGAUGCACACUGGAUCACCACCCCCAACAGGAUGCUGAGAAUUUGGAAUGAUGGUCGAGUGCUCUACACCCUAAGGUUGACAAUUGAUGCUGAGUGCCAAUUACAAUUGCACAACUUUCCAAUGGAUGAACACUCCUGCCCCUUGGAGUUCUCCAGUUAUGGCUAUCCACGUGAAGAAAUUGUUUAUCAAUGGAAGCGAAGUUCUGUUGAAGUGGGCGACACAAGAUCCUGGAGGCUUUAUCAAUUCUCAUUUGUUGGUCUAAGAAAUACCACCGAAGUAGUGAAGACAACUUCCGGAGAUUAUGUGGUCAUGUCUGUCUACUUUGAUCUGAGCAGAAGAAUGGGAUACUUUACCAUCCAGACCUAUAUCCCCUGCACACUCAUUGUCGUCCUAUCCUGGGUGUCUUUCUGGAUCAAUAAGGAUGCUGUUCCAGCCAGAACAUCUUUAGGUAUCACCACUGUCCUGACAAUGACUACCCUCAGCACCAUUGCCCGGAAAUCGCUCCCCAAGGUCUCCUAUGUCACAGCGAUGGAUCUCUUUGUAUCUGUUUGUUUCAUCUUUGUCUUCUCUGCUCUGGUGGAGUAUGGCACCUUGCAUUAUUUUGUCAGCAACCGGAAACCAAGCAAGGACAAAGAUAAAAAGAAGAAAAACCCUGCCCCUACCAUUGAUAUCCGCCCAAGAUCAGCAACCAUUCAAAUGAAUAAUGCUACACACCUUCAAGAGAGAGAUGAAGAGUACGGCUAUGAGUGUCUGGAUGGCAAGGACUGUGCCAGUUUUUUCUGCUGUUUUGAAGAUUGUCGAACAGGAGCUUGGAGACAUGGGAGGAUACAUAUCCGCAUUGCCAAAAUGGACUCCUAUGCUCGGAUCUUCUUCCCCACUGCCUUCUGCCUGUUUAAUCUGGUCUAUUGGGUCUCCUACCUCUACCUGUGAGGAGGUAUGGGUUUUACUGAUAUGGGUCUUAUUCACUGAGUCUCAUGGAGAGAUGUCUGUUCUAAGUCCACUUAAAUAAUCCUCUAUGUGGUUGAUAAUGAUCUGAAUCUGUUUCUAUGUCCAAACCUGGUAAAUUUUAUAAUGUCAUAUUGUUUGUGCCCAGCCCUCCUUUGGUUAGUGUACUUUGAACUUCGAUGUUUGCUGUGUUUCAAACCUGCAAGGCAAAGUAAAAUUAGAGCAAGAACAUUCAAACCAAAUAAGAUAUUUUUCAGCUACAGCAAAUGAAACAGUGAAAGCCCUGACUAUUUACAGUAGUGGUAUCCUUACUAGAUUCAUAAUGCAAUUAGAUAGAAAAGGUCCAAAACUGUACCCUAUGUUCACUCCGGGUCAAGUUGUGAUAAAUUUGAUCCCAGUAGAAUACCUCCCUCAUUUAAGAAAAAUCAUAACUCACUUUAAAUAUGAAAGCCUAGUCCAGAAAUCUAUUUCACCUUUAUCUCAAGAUAGGAAGAAAAUUUCCUCCACAUUCAUGUACAAUGAUGUAAAUAUUUCAAUAACUUAGAAUGCUUCAAGUUUAGUGCAUGCAUCUCUUUAGAUCCAAAAUAAAUGGAUUGAAGUUAUCA